AUGAGCGACCCCGCGUUCAACGAAGAGGGGCGACCAGAUGAAGGCGUCUCCUACGGCGUCACCAGCGUCGACUCGGCGACGACCAGCCGCAAGCGGCACCGCGAGCAAUUCCCGGACUCGGACGAGCUCUUCGAGGAGCAGACGCGGUUCCAGCAGAUCCGGAAAGAAAUCGAGACCGUCUUCCUCGGCGAAGAGGAGCGCAAGUACAAAAAGGUCUGGAGAAAGAAUUUUGAGAAGGCCAACCGGCGCGAGGCCAAGAUGGACCUGGAGAUGGAGAACCAGGUGGAGCUCCAGAAGCGGAGCCAGAGGCUCAAGGAGGAGAUAUUGUAG